AUCUUAAUUUUCACAAAAAAUAAAAAACAAAAAACUCGCGUCGGUACGGAAACAAAUUUUUCGUUUUCUUUUGGAACUGCGUUGGAAGUCUGCUGAACCCUCCCUCUUGCUGCUGUUAAAAUGGAAAAAAAGGAAGUCUCAAGCCCAAAAUUGGCCAAGCAGGUUCGUGAGUCGACGCGGGAUUCCGGAGAAGGUGUGGUGCGACAACGCGACGAACUUCGUCGGAGCCGAUCGCCACAUGAGAGAGUUCCGGGCCCGUCUGGAGGAGCAGGGGGGCGGUAUCGCAACAUUCGCGUUAAGAAAAGGAUGCGAGUUUGCGUUCAUACCGCCCAGAGCACCUCACUUCGGCGGACUAUGGGAGGCAGGUGUGAAGUCUGCAAAGCACCUGUUCCUUCGGACGGUCGGCGAAGACAUCCUGACCGCGGAGGAGCUCGGAACUCUCCUCAUCAGCGUGGAGGCCGUGCUCAACUCCAGGCCCCUCGGAGCGAUCAGCACGGAUCCCAACGACGGCGAAGCCAUAAGCCCAGGCCAUCUCCUGAUCGGCGGUCCCCUCUUAGCUCCACACUCAGCAGCGCUCCCAGACCAAGUCAGCCCAACCUGCUUACGACGAUGGCGCAGUGUCUCGUCCACUAAUGCCUCUAAACGAAGCCGUAAAAAAAUCCAGAAAUUUUAAUAUUCAAGCAGCCCUUCACACUUCUUCAGAAGUGGAAGAUGAAACACCAUCCCUUGACGAAUAUAACGAAACCAUAAAAUCACAGGACGAAUCACAAUCUGAAUAUCCCGAAUCCCUAACAGAAUAUUCUGAAUCCAUAAGCCAAGCCGACCAAGAAUACCAAUAUGAUUAUACCUACCUUCAUUUUUUAGACUAACAAACUCCUCAUUGCCAUAUUUUGAAUGCAAACUGAGGAGUGGAGAAAUUUUAAAAAUAUUAAUUGAUACCGGUUCAAACAAUAAUUACAUCUUGCCAAAAUUCGUAAAAAAUCCUAUAGAAAAUAAAUCCCCGUUUGACGCCAUCUCGGUUGGCGGAAGUAUUAAAAUUGCACAUCACAAAUCAGCCAAUUUAUUUAACGACCUUAAUACAAUAAUUAAAUUUUUUUUAUUACCGACUUUAAAAACAUUUGAUGCCAUUCUGGGAAACGACAGUUUAAAAAAUUUAGGAGCAAUAAUUAACACUAAUACCAAAUCUAUGCACUUAAAAAAUGGAACAACAAUCAAUAUUAAAGAAAAAAAAUUCAAAGCUGUAAAUUUAAUUAUUCCUCGGACAGAUCAUCUUACUGGGACACAAAAAUCAGAUCUUAACCAACUUAUUCAGAAAUAUCCUAAUCUUUUUGCCGAACCAAACGAAAAAUUGACUUACACAACAAACGUGAAAGCUAAGAUACGUACAAACACUGACACACCAGUCUACUCGAAAUUCUAUCAAUAUCCAAUGGCACUCAAAGACGAAAUUGACCGACAAAUAAAAGAACUUUUAGACACCAAUAUAAUACGACCCUCUAGAUCGCCUUACAAUUCACCAGUGUGGAUUGUACCAAAAAAAUUAGAUGCCUCAAAUGUAAAGAAAUAUAGAAUGGUAAUAGAUUACAGAAAAUUAAAUAGUGUUACAAUAGCAGACAGAUACCCGAUACCAGACAUAAAUGCAGUUCUUGCACAACUGGGAAAUAAUAAAAUGUUUUCUGUGUUAGAUCUCAAAAGGGGUUCCAUCAAAUUCUUUUAAAAGAAAGCGAUAUAGAAAAGACAGCCUUCUCCGUGAAUAACGGAAAAUUUGAGUUCACAAGACUUCCAUUUGGACUGAAAAACGCUCCAUCUAUUUUUCAGCGUGCCCUAGACGACAUUCUUAGGGAACACAUAGGGAAAAUCUGUUAUAUUUAUAUCGAUGACAUAAUUGUCUUCAGUCCAGACGCACAAUCUCAUUCAAAAAAUUUAUGGGCUACGCUGCACUAGCAAAACCACUCACCACAUUACUUAGAGGCGAGGAUGGGAGAAUUUCGAAGAAAGCUUCAUCGAUGAAAUCUAUUCACUUCAACAAUGAAGCCAUUCAGGCCUUUAAUAAAUUAAAAAGCACCCUAAUUUCAGAAGACGUAAUAUUACAAUAUCCAAAUUUUAACGAGGAAUUUGUAUUGACAACAGACGCCUCCGAUCACGCAAUUGGAGCAGUACUUUCACAAAAAGACAGACCUAUAGCUUUCAUAUCUAGAACACUAUCUCAAACCGAAGAAAACUACGAAACGGCAAAGA